AUGGAAAAACUGGAAGUAAUUAAGUUAUUGAAUGUAUCAAUAAAGGGUUAUAGUUUUCCUCUUCUACCUGUUUUCACGUGCUUUAAUUGUGAUAAAGAGUUUAGAUUAAGAGUUAUGCUACAUGCUCAUCAGAAGGAAUGUUGUUCUAAAUUUAAUUCGUGUGAAGAUUUGGACCAUCGGCAUAGUUCAAGUAACAAGAGGGAAUAUUUCUCCAUGUUGGGACUUAAAUCUGUGAAUGUGAAUUCAAAACAUUCAAAAUCAGAUGAUUCGACAAAUUUUUUCUGUGGUGAUAUCAUAGUUAUAGAUGAUGAGGAUGAGGAUGAAGAUGAUGAAAUUGAAUUACCUGUUUCGAAUAAUUCUUUGUCAAAGUAUCAAAAUCCUGUUGCCACGGAUGAGAAGCUUGAUUCCAAAAAUCACGUAAAAUCAUUUUUAAAAGUUCAUUUAAGAAACAGAUACCAAAAACUAUUAGCAUUAGAUGUAACAUCUCCUUUGGGUAGAAGAAUAGAUUUCAAAACAUCUUUCAAAGGUAAAAAACAAACUUGCAUUAUGAAUGGCUUUCCAUCAUAUGAAACGUGGUGUCUCACUAUUUUAAACGAACAAAAACAUUCUGAUAGCAAAUAUUUGAAAAUAACAAAGGAUCCAAUGGUUCGAAAAUAUAAUUUCAGACAAAAAAAGCAAAUUAAAAAGUUGUCAAAAACUGCUGAAGAAUUAAAGCUUAAAAUGAAGCUCUGUUCUGUAAGCAUUAAUCGCAUAACAACUGAGGUUAGUCCUAGUUAUAACAGUAACAAGGAAAACAAGACUUUCAAGGAUUGCCCGUCGUCAUCGGAGGAUCAAGAACCUGUUAUUCGAAAAGUUUAUUCUCUUGCCCUUAAUAAUUCUAAUGACUCUUUGAAUCAAGGAUCAAUCAAUAAUGUCAAUGAAACUGAAGAGAAUUUAAUUAAUUUGUGUGAUGUUGAUAAUGACUGUUUUGUUUGUGAAGUUGAACCUUCGAACAAUAAAAAUUUGCUUGCUGGUAGAAUUGAAGCAUCUCCAAAAUCUCCGCAAACAUUUUCGUUUCUUUGUCGAAUUUGUGAUAACGUCGUUGAAUGUAACAGUGGUUCUCAAGAAAACAUGAGACAGCAUUAUGCAUAUGUUCACAAUAUAUUUAACGUAAAUUUAGUUCCAUGCGUUUUAAAUGGGAAAACUAUUUGGAAAUUGGUUGAGACGUAUAAUCCAUUAAUUAAAAAAUUGUGCUUUAAAGGUACUAACAAUAAAAAUACAGAAUCAUUAAAUACUCUUCCUAGCAGAACUGGUAUUUUACCAAGCCACACUGUGCAGUGUGGGAAAAGCUCAUCUAAUUCACAUUUUCAAAGUCGAACUAUGUUGUCUACUAACUCAUUUUCUGAAUCUUUUAAUCGUAAAAAUUUCCUAUCAUCUAAAUCACUUAAUUAUCAAACAUUUUCUACUGAUAUUAUUUGUAUAGAUUAA